GCUCGCGUGCUGGAAUGGCUGAGGAGCGCGUUCACGUGAGUGUGUGAGGGGGGAGGGAAGUGUGAGGCAGUCGCUGACUGUGAGGACUGGAGGUUUUAAUGUCCGCCAUGUUGUGAAUGGCGCACUGAGGCAGCGAGAGAAAACACACACACACACCCGCCUCUCCUUCUCCUCGCUGGAGCUCUUCUAUUCCAUUAUUUUUUCUCAUUCUCCAACUCCAUCCACCCUCCUCCAUGAGAUCUGUGGCGGUUUUAUGGGUGAUUGUGAGGGGAUCGGACAGAUUUAUAGAGUAAAAUGAGUAAACUGUCGUUCAGGGCGCGGGCGCUGGACGCUCUCAAACCGCUGCCCGUUUUCCGCUGCGAGGAUCUGCCAGACCUGCACGAGUACGCGUCCAUCAACCGCGCCGUGCCGCAGAUGCCCACCGGCAUGGAGAAGGACGAGGAAUCGGAACACCAUCUCCAGAGGGCGAUUUCUGCCCAGCAGGUGUACGGAGAGAAGAGGGAUAACAUGGUGAUUCCCGUCCCAGAGGCCGAGAGCAACAUCACCUACUAUGACUCGCUCUACCCCGGAGAUUUCAGGAUGCCAAAGCAGCUCAUUCACAUACAGCGUGAGUGCACAGGUCUUAUUGAGGGAAACCGUAAGAAUGACGAGGCGUCCUAUGAGAAGAUGCUCAAACUAAGAAGGGAUCUGAGUCGAGCCGUCACCGUCCUGGAGAUGAUCAAGAAACGAGAAAAGAGCAAACGAGAACUGCUUCAUCUCACACUGGAGAUUGUGGAGAAGAGGAAUGCCAUGCCAGACUUUGGUUUAGAGGUGAUGGCAGAAGCACUAGCUAUGGCAAAACCUGUUUACAAGAUUCCCAUAAUACCCUUCUCCAGCAGCAGUCAGUACCUCCACCAGGACCACAUAGACUUCAAAGACUACAAGGCCAAGCCUGAAAAGACAGAGGUGGUCAGAACAAAGAGGAAGUACGAGAAAAGGCCCAAAAUCCUGCCUCUCUCCGCCCCAUUGCAUACUGGCCCCUCCGUGUUUAACCCCAAAGACCUCAACCAGUACGACUUCCCCAGCUCUGAUGACGAGCCCUUUUCACAGAUACAUUCUGGGUCAUCAGAGGCCGAGGAAGAGAACGAGCCCGAUGGAGCGUUUGCCUUCAGGCGAAAAGCAGGAUGUGUUUAUCACGCUCCCCGUUUGGAUCACAGCGGCGACUGGCCCUGGUCUGGUGAAACAGACGGAGAGUCAUGUGACCCGCGAUUUCGGUACUCCCUCACCACUCUCACCAUUCCCCGCCGCUGUGUCGGGUUGGCACGGCGACGGGUAGGACGGGGCGGCAGGUUACUUCUGGACCGGGCCUAUUCGAAUUUAAAUGGUUUAUUCCAAAGUCUGGACUCAGAGUCAGAGCCGGACUUCUCCUUCCCUGCUUCUCCUCUCCAUCCGGAAACCACUUCCCAGACCGUUACCUCAUCCUCUUCUUCCUCUCAUACCACGUAUUCAGACCUGAGGCAGAUCCUCCGAAACAUCAAAGCUUGCCGCUGGAGGCACUUUAAACCACGGACACUAACCAGCCAAUCAGGCGCAGGGGAUGUGCUGUCACGGAGAUUGUUUAGGGGGUUGGUGAGGGGCGGCGCAGGGCCGGGUGGCAGUACGCUGGGCAGAACAGCAGGCGCGGGACCACCAGUAGCGUUGACUGCUGAGCAGUAUCAGCAGCAUCAAGAACAGUUGGCCCUUAUGCAGAAACAGCAGCUGGAGCAGAUACAACAACAGGCCAAUGAUACAGGCUCGAGUCAGUCUCUUGUGUCCAAGACGUUGGACUCAGUCACCAUAAAAAAACUGAAGUUAUAUACCAGAGAUGCCCAAACCUCGUUGACUGCUGAGCAGUAUCAGCAGCAUCAAGAACAGUUGGCCCUUAUGCAGAAACAGCAGCUGGAGCAGAUACAACAACAGGCCAAUGAUACAGGCUCGAGUCAGUCUCUUGUGUCCAAGACGUUGGACUCAGUCAGUGCCCAGUUUGCUGCCUCUGCACUCGUGACCUCUGACCAGCUUUUGACCCUAAAGGUCAAAGAGGACGGCGUAGGAGGUGGAGUCAACGGAGUCGUCCAAGCUUCAGGAGUUUACAAGGGAUUGAGCAUCUCUGCCACAUCCUCUGCUUCGGUCCUCACUAGCCAACCAACACCGACCGCUGCCCCGCCCGCCUUCCUGUCCUCCACUAGCAACUCCAACACAAGCUCCACCCACACGGUCCACAACCCUUUAGGUAACCACAGUAACAACACAGCCAACUCCACCUCUCAGGUCCUGAUCAGCAACAACCUACGUCUCAGCGUCACCACACCCUCUAUCGUCAGUCUGAAUGCCCGUCACCUUCCCAGAAGUCUCAGCAAUGUGCCACCCGCUGCCUUGAAGCUCGCUGCCGCCAGCAACCGUCAGCUCCCCAAAGUCAACACUGGGGAGAAUCACGAGCAGGAAAAGCAGUCCCUCAACAGUAUAGCAGAGAACACAGUGGCCAUGGAGGUGACGUAGUGACCGCAGCCUGGGCGUCGUUCUUUUUCCCGCCCAAUCCAGUCUUCUGGUGCUGUGCACCAAUUGGGUUCGGAGAAGCAAAAGGACAGCGGGUUUCCGACUGUCUGGUUCUGGUUUCCGGUUCUGUCUGAACGUGACAGGAAAUUGAAUCGCUUUAUUUUCGCCCCUUUUUCCAUUUUUUUUUUUAUUUUUUAUACUUUGUUUCUGUUAAGAAAAGAUGUGUAAAUUAUGAUUAUGGCUAAUAUUCGAUGUACAGAAACUACAUAUUUGUAAAAGCCCACCACCACCUUGUAUAUAUGCUACUUGAAUACAGAACUGUUGAGUUGAUGUUUUGCACUUGGGGAGUCCAAAAGAGUAAAAAGCGAAUGAGGGGGUGUGUGUGAAGAGUCAUGUGCAUGGUGAGGAAACCUGCUGUUCUACCUAUUUAUUGUGCUGUGUUUACAAUUAUUGUUUUUUUUUAUGUUGGUUAUUUUCUUUUAUUUCGUACACUGUGUCCCUCAGUUGUUUCCUGUGGUGUUCUAAGUGUUUAGGUAGCUGGCAAUUCCUAAAUUUCCCCAUUUUCAAGUUUGACUGAUUCACUCUGUGAAUCAGAUUGAACGUUAAUGGAAUCACGCAAAAAAAAAAAUUCAGUUUUAUUUUAUUUUAUUUUCCCCUCCUCUUCUGGGAGGAAUGGGACAUGUUGGGGUUCGACGCCCUUUAGUUGCAGGGGUUAAUGGGAAGGCAAAUUUAAGGAGGUGGUUAUAGGAAUCUUCCAUUUUUUAUCAUCCCAAAAAUAACAAAAAGACAAACAAGGGAUGAAGUCUUCAUUUUGUGAGCUUCCAAUGCUUCCGGUCAACUAAGCACUAUCGUUUUUUUUGUUUGUUUGUUUUUUAGUUGAUUUAUUGCUGCUUUUUGUAUAAAUUCAGUUCCUUUUUCAUGCGAUGGAAACAGUUGGGUUUGUCCCCAUUUUUAUAUUAUAGUUAUUUUUGUAUCUUGUUUUGCAUUUCUAUCAUUCUGUUCGUUUUGGGGGGGUUUUUCAGUUCUUGUGGUGAAGCGUUAGCGGAAGACUUCAUUCUUUGUUGCUAAACGUCACGCGCAGCGGCCAAUAUGCGCCCAUCUGAGUCGUCAUUCCGGUUUAAUGACAUUCAAGACCAAGAAGGAUCAAAAGAGGUUGAUGCCAAAUGAACGUUAUCUCUUUGGCCUUCUCUAAACGCAUCGAACCAGCAUACUCUGGACUACUUCAAGGCCUGAAAAAAACCCACAAGUUAAAGGUUGUGCCUUCCUUUGGGAAUGUCCUGCUCAGUCUCUUCCGUGAAGAGGAUGCUCUGGCUCAAGACCGCGGUCCUGCGGUACACACUUGCCCGGAGCUCGGAUCUCCGAUGCCAAAUCCACUGGCUGAACUGAAUCAUCCUCCUCCAGGGCUUUUCUAGUCUGAUCUGGAUGGAGGCAAAAAAGAAAAAAUAUGGAAAAUAUAAAAAAAGAGAUAUUAUUGAAUAAGUGAAAAAAGAUGUGACAAUUCAAACAUGAAUCAGACAAUAAAGCCCAGGUUAUUAUAUGUGAA